UGAGGAAGUUCGCCGCUUUCCACAAGCAGCCAAGUGACCGGAGUUACGCGCGCGCCCAGUCACGUGACUGCAGUCACACCGAGUUUGCUCGCUUCUUCUGUUGGCUGGGCUCCGAAUCAAAGCACUACGUAUUCUGCAGUACAUCCUGUGGUGUAGCUAUCUAACCUGCAUUUUGGGAUAAAUGAACAUGAUGAGAAAAACUCUAAACUCAGACACUGAAAGCGAGCCACAUACAUUGCGUUCUGAUCUACCUCAUGGGAUUUCAAUAUGCAAACCAUCCCACCUUAGUUCUCUGUCUCUUACAUCCAAUCCAUUACAAAUCAGUCAAUCGCCCACUAAAGGUUUUCUAACACAGGAACACAAGAGCCAAUGCAAAAUGUCAAGCGUGCAAGGUUGCAGCAUGAAUGGUAAUUUUCUAAAUGAAAAAUUGCAUUGUGGGUCAGUUCCUUUGGAUAAAUCUGAUAUAUCAGUUACAUAUGAAACAAGAUCUGCUUUUAAUACUUUUGCUGAGACCGAGAGUUCAGGGAAAGAAAUGCUUGUUUCCAAGGGGAAAAGUGAUGAACAAACUGCAGAGAAAGAAAAUAAAAGGUUAGCACCCACAGAAAACUCCCCUCAUCCAUCCAGAAAUCCAUUUGCUGAGUUUUCUAAUGAGCCUUCUGUUGAUAAAGCAUUUGUUGACCGCAGCAAUUCUGGGGACACUCAAAGCAACGCUUUCAGUUCUUCACAAUUCGUUUCUCCACCUACAGCUGCCACCAUAUAUGAUAAUCAGUCUUCCUUGAAGUUUUUCACCUUUGUCAUACUGCAUGUCCAAGAAGAUCAAGAUGAAGCUAUGAGGGUAUGUGAAAUUCUACACAACCUUGAUAUUGGACAAGGUACUACUUUUUGUGAAGAAUUUGAAACAGCAGGCAAAAGUCCUCUUAAAUGCCUUGAAGAUGCUGUAGAGAAUUCUGCCUAUAUUGUUCUUCUGCUCACGAAUGGUUUUUUGUCCAAAUGGGGUGAAUUUCAGACUAAUACAGUUCUUAUGAAUUCAAUUGAAGAUGAAAACAAAUCAGGCACUAUAAUUCCCUUUUUUCCAAAGUUUAAGAUGCCUCAAGGUAAAUUACCUUUGGCUCUUAAAUCACUAACUGCAUUACAUGAAAAGUCCCAUCUCCUAAAGACACAAGUGAAAAACACAUUUAAACGUGAUGUGAUCAAAAGACAACAAGAACGCUGGGAAAAAGAUCAGCAUUUAAAAGUAUCUGCUAAAUGUAUGGAAGAUGCUAAAGGCCUAGCUAAUUUUCUUGAGAAGCAACAGCAUAUUGCUAUGGAUUGUAAGGCUGUUUACGCCCAUCUCUGUACUCAAAUGUCAUCAUUCCUGUCCACUAUUCCACAACAAAUCCCAGGACAGGGACAAGUUAUCCACAUAAACAAUGCACGUAAUGUUCAGAUAGGAGAUCAAAAUAGCAUGAAUGUUCAACAAACUACAAAUGUGCCACAGAUGGGACUGUCUGGGGAAUGUUAUCAAGAAUUUGGCAAGGAAUUUUAAAGCUAACUUUAGGUGCUGAAAUAUUGUCUACUGCAAAAAUUGACAUUCUUGCACACAAUUAGGGUGGGUUCACACUGCAUUAUCAGCAUCUUUAUAAAAUUUUCAAUAAUAACAAGGAAUGGGUACAGAAAAAGGGGGAGGGGAAGAAAAACACACAAAUAGUCACAUAUCAAAAAUUACCAAAUAAAAAAAAUGAUACAGAUAUCAUCUAAUAACAUAAGACAAUAUGUGCGCUAACAAUACCUUGGGAGUAACCAUGUUAAAGGGGUUAUCCAGGAAAAAACUUUUUUAUAUAUA